GCUCGGGUAGUAGUCGCCAUACGAGAGGCAGGACAAAACACCUGCUGUACUCAACUCUCUCUCAAGUUGAUUAUAAUGGCGUGAAUGUGAAUCUUCAUGGCUACAACGAGUCUAUUCAGUGUUUGAGUACGGGCGUUUCAACGACCUUUUGAAUAUUAAUCUGAUAUGAUGGUUUGUUUUGUUCAAAAUGAGUGCGCAUACAUACGUCAAUGUUCGGCAUCUGCUUCAGUGUCGUGAUUUGCGCGGAUGUCACCGCUGUUCCCGCGCUUCUGAAUAAGGCUCAGUGAAUAUUGUUACUAGCUUUUACAGUCGUUGCAUACCUAAGUAGGACGCUGUUUACAAGCAAGGCGUAUUUUGAAGUGGGUUUUUUUAACGCAAAAAUAGUUAUAAUAUAAUUAAACUAUAUUUUGAAUGACAAGGAGUUGAAUAUCAUUCUACGUGCAUUGGUUGUUAAUGUUUACAUUAAAAAAGUUUCGUAAAUACAUUUUUUAGGCGUAUGUGUUUUCUUGUUCAUGUGUUUGGAUUAAUAUCUGUUUUCUGAAUCCGGUGAUCUCCCAUCGCAGAUCGUGUUUGUCAUUUUAUUUGCUUUUAUACGUGGUGUGUCAGGCAUGAUACCGCCGUAGAGAAAAGGGCGAGGGCGAGGGAGCGAGAACGCUGACAGAGAUAAAUCCGCUAGGUACGGAAGGCGAACUUCAUAGUGACAUUUUCUUGUGGAAACUUCGGACUGUUACAGGCCUUAGCCGUCGCUUGAUUACCAGGAUAUUUACGAGGAUGUUCGCGAUGACAACUUGACAAAAAAUGUCGGGACAAGCUUCGGAUUCGAAGGUGACGGCGGCGGGGAAGGGGCAAAGUAUGGGAGAGCACUUGUGCAUUGGAGACUACCUGUGUCUGUACUGCGAGGAGACAGAGGGUUUUGUCUACAGCUAUCAGUCCAGCUCAACCAACAAUGGCCUGUACGUGUACAAUUCACAAGACCGCAACAGACCCACCAACAUUCCCAAUGCUCACGCCGUGGUAUUCCAAAUAUGCAUCCAGAAUCGCUACAAAUUGGACAAGAAGUACCGCAAAUGCCUCAGCACAUACCAGACAGAGAGCUCGGAGCCGGCUGUCAAGGCUAUACUUGCUCAGGCGAAGAUGGCGGCUGAGGCAGAGAAAAAAGAUAAUUUGGCUGAACAGACAAGACAGCAUGGAAAAAGAGUGAGAUAUGGAGAAAUUGUGCAGCUUAAACAUGGUUUCACCGGCAAAUACGUGCAGAUGAGUACAACACACACAAGCAAGAAAGAUAAAAACAAUAUGAGGAUUUCACUGAUCCAGUUCAAUGCCAAGAAUGCACAAUUUAGAAUUUUGCCUCGAUACAAAGUGAAGUCAGAGGGUGAAGUGGUUCAGUUGUAUGAUCAAAUUGUGUUUGAAAGUGUGAAAUCUCCUGGUCAUUACUUUCACACAAGUGAACCGUUCCAGAUCGACCACUUUCAGUGGGGGUCAGAACUGAACUUAGGUGUUGAAAGGUCUAGUUUCACUCUGAUUGGUAGUUACAGAGACAAACAUGAUGAGCAAGACAGAUUUGUCAGGGGAGGUUGUGCUGUUCGACUGUUUCACAAAGAAUUGGAGGCCUACCUGGUUGCUGAGGGUCUCUUUGAUGAAGCAGUCAUUGAAGAUGUGCAUUUCCGAAUCCGAGCCAUAGAUCAGCAUCGGCCCAAAUCCUUGUCACCGUCCACAUCUGGUAUAACAUACUGGCAGGUUGAGGCUGAACAUAGUAUUUUUGAUGGUGAUGUCCUGCGGUGGGAGCAGCAGAUCCGCUUACGUCACAUGCUCACACGUCAGUAUCUGUGUCUCAACUCCAAAAUGGAGGUGUCACUCACCUCUGAUGCAACAGAUCCUCGGACUGUGUUCCGACUGCAUUCAGUCCUGAAGGAAAGGGAUGAAAUUCAAGCUGAGAGCUAUGCAAGAAUAGAACACAUGCUUACAAACUGUUGGCUCCAUGCUUUGAAAGAUGAGGACUAUGAAAAGAGGCAGUACAAUGAAUAUAACACAGAACAUACAAUGCAAGGGUUGAGAUGGGAUGGAGCUCCCCUCAGACAAGUGUCAGCAAGUCUUGAAAGUAUGUAUGAUGAUGCUUACACAAUUCAGAUGGUGGCAGAAAAUGAUGUGCUCAAUUUUAACUAUGUUGCUGGCAUGGUUCCGUUUCUCUUCAACCUCAUCCAAGAUCAAAGAAGUCAUGUGACACUCACAGCAAGGAAAACCCACGAGAUGAUCACAACGCUGCAUGAAAUCAAGGAGUUUAUCAUGCCAAAUGGAAUCCCAGACAAGCAGCGGCAAAAGUUGCUGAGGAACCUGAGAGUUAUAGAUCUACUGGUCAAACUCUUACACUGCCCACUCAGAGAUGGGGAUGAGCAGCUGCACAUGAUCAGGAUCUUCAAAGAGGCCUAUGAUGUAUUACACGCUUACAUGUUGGGCAAAAGUCGAAAGAAUGCCCUGUACAUUGCCAAGUACAUUGAUUUCUUUCAAACACAGUUUACCCAGAAGGGAGGUAUUGGUCUGAACGUUGCUCAGAUGAUUGUGGAGUUGAUCAGAGACAAGAGGAAAAUUGUGGACAGAAUCACACAGAAUCAUGUGGAAACAUUCAUCCAACUGCUGCGCAAUAACCCAAACUACCACUUCCUGGAUCUGCUGCAAGUGCUCUGUGUCUGUGAUGACGUUGCCAUACCCAACAAUCAAAGCUACAUAGUUCAGCAAUGGCUACGUACUUACAAAGACAGCAUUUACCUCUUGGACAGGGGCCAAAACAUCAACAAAAGGCCAAACAUUGUGUACAUUUCCGUGACCGGUGGAAACACAUGGGUUGCGUUGCACCAAUUUGUGGACCCAGAGACUGCAGAGUAUGACCCAGAGAAAAACAAGUUUUUGCAGCAUCAGCUGGAUCUGAUGAAAGCAUUUUGUUUUGGUCGUAAUGACUUUUCUAUCCACACAAUCACUCGGGAAUUUGGCUACAUCACUUGGGAAGAUGCCUUCUUGUGCAUUCAGUCAGAGCUGUUACCAGACAGCAUACGAGCAAAGUUCACAGAGCUCAUAAUAGGAUUAUUUGUUGAUGUUGGCAACAACUAUUCCGUCUUGGAUAACCCAAAUAUUUGCUUUGUUUAUGAGUAUGUGGGGUCAAAGGAUGGAGAUCGGGACCAGAGCCAAUAUGGUGAUAAUAAAGGCGCCGACACCAGGAGUGGUGAGGUUGUAAAAGACCUGGUGACAAUUUUCCCAGUGCUGAGGGACUGGCUCGCGGAGUUCCUGGAGAAGAACUGCAUCAUGAUCUCCAGCAUGUUGGGCUGCAACCUGCUCAUUAAACAGGUGUUGUGCUUGCUGCAGUACCUUGUCAAGUUUGGCUACUACAUGGAUGUGGAAGAUGUGCGCAAGCUGCUGCCACCAUUGCUCAGUCUGCUAGAUGGACGACAUGAUGUCCCUUUCCCCAAAGACAAAGGAAAAGGCUACACCAAGGAAGGCCAGAAAGCUGUACAGAACUAUCAGAGGUCUUGGAGGUUUGAAGUCAGUGAUGAGGCUGCAGCUAUUGUCAGUGCUAAGUUCCAAGCUAUGCAGGCCUUAGACCUUCUUCUAACCUUUCAAAGAAAUUUGCGUCUCAAGGUGUUUGUGACAAUGUUCAAGCAGGCAGAGCAAGGAGCGGCCAAGAAAAAGUCACAGACAAUCCUUGAGCCUCUUUUGUAUGAGACAUAUAACUCAACAGAGCAGAAAAAGAAAGCUUUGAAAAAACAAAAGGAUGUUCUACGAGAACUUCGAGACAUGUUUCACUCCUCUGCCAUCCUUGACAUCGAUAGCACCACUGCAAUACUGCUUGAUCUGUCCAAAUACAAGUAUGAUGAGAUGGUGGUGAAAUCCUUAGACUUGCUCAACAAAUUGUAUUCCUCACAAAUGGAUGUCUUCACUUUGGCCAAGAAAGCACAGGUGUUGAUGACCCAUGACUCAGCUCGUGUACACAGAGAAGUUCAGAGAAGUUUGCCCACCCUGCGACGUUUGGCCCGAUCAAAACUGAAUGACCAGCAGGUGGCUCUCAUGACUGAAGUGCUGGAUGAGCUGUGCGAGUUUUGCCAUCUGCCAAAGACCCCUGAUGAGCCACACCCAAUGAAUCAAAACAUUAUGAUCAGUCAUGGUGUAUUGAACAUCGUCCUGGAAAUUUUGUCUCAAGAAAUUGACUCAAGGUUACUGGUGGAACAGUACAAAGGCAUGGAGACAGUUUUCCAGAAAACUCUCAAUCUGUUGCGACUGCUCAUCAGAGAAAACCACAUAGUUCAGGAGCAAAUCUUCAACAGUCUGGACAGGCUUUUAGAUGUCUCCAUUGUUCGGGCUGACCUUGCCAUGGCCCUGAAAGAGGUGUUCCGAGACAAUCAGAGCAUCUGCCUCAAAGUUCAGCCUCGGCAAAUCCAGAGGAUCGUCAUGUUGUCAGCGGAAUGUCAACACACCGCUCCCGAGUUUUUGGUACUGCUCAAGUCGCUGGUCAAAGUUGAGAGCCUGGACCUGACCAUCAAACGUAAUCAAGCUCUGGUGAUGAAGUACAUUAUGCAGACGUUCAAGAAAUCUGCUUAUGUUCUGGAUCAGCCUCGAGCUCAGAGGGACAAGAUUCUUUUGAACCAGACAGAACGUGGCCAUCUCAACUACUUCAUAAACCUUGUAGAUUUACUGGCCACAUGUGCUGAGGGUGAAAACAAGUUCAUAGAAUCUCUGUGUCAGACAAUUCUGCCUGCUGAGGAUAUCUUGUGUGUCUUGACAAACCAAAACAUUGACAACAAUCUGAAAAGACCUUUCAUCAAGUUCCUCUUGUGGGUCUACAUGAAGGCUUCAAACAGUCUGCUAGAAAGUGGUGCCUCAGACCUGCAGCAUGACAAGUCCUUGUGGGAUUUCAUUAGCCUGGUGACAAGUGAUAUGUACCUCCUCACUGAGUUCCUCGGCCAGUAUUCUGACAAAAUAUCACUGUUGCUCAAGUCACCACCACAAGCCAGUCAAGUGGCAGAGAACCAUGACACCAAGGCUGUAAUGCACAACAAGCUUUUCUUCAUCCUUGACGGAGUCUUGUCCUUCAUACAUGUGUUCUACACAGUGUUCUAUGCUCCAGAGACAGACAUCUAUCCUGAUGAGAUCUCGGCAACAGAGAGUUUGGCCAAUGCCCUCAUUACAUUAUUUGACCGGCUGGGCCCACAAUUGACAUUACCUUUUCACCUGAAGAGUGCUGUGACUUGUCUGACAACUGUGCUUUCUUUGUCUUCGUCGUCCAAGUCUAUGCUGGUUGGAGUUCUUGAGAAGCUCACCUCUGACAUGAAGUUUCAAGACAGCACAACAGCCGUGAGAAGGGGCAACAUGGAGUAUUAUUCUUCAGAAAUUGAGCUUAAUACAAAGCUGCGAUGCUUCACCAACAACUGCCAUGCAGUGCACAGUGGUCACAACACAGUUGUGGCUCAGCUGAAGAUAAAGUCAAAGAGAGAAUACAUCUCAAUAGGCAGCAACGAGGAACUACCCUUGGGAGAGGAGUUUCAAAAGCUAGCCCGCUGUUUUAUUGAUCCCCAUGAAAAGAAAGCUACAAAGAGAUAUGCACCAGCUAGCAUCUUAGUGGAGCAGUUAGCCAUCUCUGCGGUUCAGUGCAAGAAACCAAGGCCCAGCCAACCCACCAAUGAGCAACUUGACGUGCGCUGCCUGCAGAUCCUCAGGGCCUUGGUACACAAUGAAGAGAGAAGACUUGCAUCAGACUGGGCCAUGAGAACAUCAGAGUCAAAAAUCAAGAAACAAAUCAAUCGUGUGAGAGACAUUCAAAAUGCCAUCAACAUCAAUGACCUGAUUAUCAAAGUCCUGCCACACUUGGCACGUCGCAGUGAUGACAUUGCAAGGGAAGUGCUUGCCUUCAUUUGCAUCAUGCUGUUCAAUGCAAACAGAGAUGUGCAGAAAUCCAUGCUUGACUACUUCUUGUCCACAAGAGAGGAAGUGUUUUUCAUGGCAGUGCGAGACCGCAUGCAAGUGUCAACAAAUGCUAUCAAAGAAAAAACUCUCAUGCUGAAGAAAAGCAGGAAAAACAAGACUGGGCGCAGUCUCUUGGCACAGCAUGAGUCUCGAAAGAAGGAAGCUCUGUCAGCAAACAUGGUGUCUGACACUUCUCUAACGCUGGAGAAACAAGCACUUCAGCAAAUUCAGUUGUUUGAACAAAAGAUGAAAGCAGAAAAGAUGGCAGGCUGGAGAGCACUGGCCCAUGCUCUCAACGCUCCAGAAGACAGCCGUCCAAAGAGGAAGUUUUCAUGGCGGAAGCAGCGCUCGUCGACCUCAUCAGGGAGGAAGACAGGUCUAAACAAAGCGCUGAAGAGUGGCCACUCUAAGCCUUUCAUUGCACCCAAUGGGAACGGAGUGAGUCGCGACACUGAGGCCUUGAUAGGAAGCCAGAGAUCUGACAUUGAAAUGAAAGAGGUGCUGAUGACAGCAGAGGAUCUGCAGCAUGCAUCCAUGUCUCUGGUGGAGGCGAUGGAUGCUGGAGUCAAGGACAUGCUGGAGUACAAAGAUGAAGGCUACAUCGAGCUGGUGCUAAAACUUCUCGCUCGGAUUUGUGAUGGCCAGCACGAUGGACUACAGAACUACUUAAGGGAACAGCCGGACAACGUGAAGUCCUUCAGCAUUGUGGCAGAAACAGCUCAAUUCUUGAAUGUUGUCUAUACCACGGUCAACAACACCACCAUAGAUUUGGUCAUUCAGCUUUUCAGCACACUCAAUGAGUUUUGCUCUGGAAACCAGGAGAAUCGUGUUGUGGUCUAUGACAUGAAAGUCAUUGACUACAUCAACUUUAUUCUGAGGUCUGGAGAAAUAGGGGACUGUAACAUUGAGAAGGUUGUGGAGCUUCAGCAGACCAUCGGCUCUCUCAUCAUGUCUCUCACAGAGGAAAACGGCCCUGUGGCUUCGCAAGUGGCAAAGGAGGUGAAAGAUGCUCUGGAUAAGGAAGCUGUUUAUCGCUGCAUGACCUCAUGCUAUGAGUGGCACCAGUCAGAGAAGAGAGACAGCUCCAGCACUCUGGGCCUGUCCGGAGGAUACCUGCAGUCUGCCAAGUCGAUCGCAGCGUUUGGAGGGUCGCUCAUCCAAGGUGUUGUGAAAGGAAAAAAGAAGAGUGUCCUGAGGGAGAGUGUCAUUGAAGUUGGAUUUUCUUUCUUUCUCAUACUGGCUCGAAUGAUGGACAUUGAUCCUCAUUUACAUGAUACCCUCAAGUUGAGUCCUGAAAAUGUGAAGGCCUUUGAGUACUACAGAAAAAACUGCUCUUCAAUUGAGAUCGUGAAGGAAGGGAUCUUGCAGAAAGUCAAUUUCAGGGUCAAAAACAAGAGUGUGUUGAGAGAGGAAGUGAAGGAAAAGCUGAAAUGGAAUGUUGACCGCACCUCACCUAGUAAUAAAAUCCGGGACCUCAUGGACUGGACGCGAGACAUCAUGAGAGACAUCUCCUAUCAGCGCAUGAUUCUGGACCAUCCAAUUUCAAAGUUUUUCACCAAAGGAUGGUUGCUGUGGAACUACGGCACAAUCAUCCUGAGCCUGGCCAUUAACAUCAUCAUGCUGGUCACGUGGGAUGCCAAAGCCUCCCUGGAAGACUGCGACACCAACCUGCUGGAGGACAGCUUUGACAACGCUUCAAAAGUGUGCCCAGAGCUCUAUGAUUCAAUCCCUCAAAUCAAGAGUCUGUCACUGGAAGAGUACACGAUCACUUUGUGGGUCCUCGGGGGAGUGCACAACUUGUUCUCCUUUUUUGUGCUCAUCAGCUACUUCCUCUCCUACCACCCGAGGCUUCCCAAUAUUUCAGACAUCAAGUAUUGGAUGUUUGAGCUGUGUGGAAAGAAGCGAUCAGAUGAUGAUCCAGACGAGUCCAAGGAGGUAGAACCACCUUCGAAGCUGAACACUCGUUUCUUCAGUUUCACCACGUUCUACUAUCUGAUGUUCUUGGGAAUGUCUGUGGCUGGGACUCUGUUCCAUGGGUACUUCUUUGCCUUCCACUUGCUGAACAUUGUCAACAACAACCAGCUCCUUGGUGGGGUCAUUAAGGCGGUCACCCAAAAUGAGUUCGUAGGGAUGUCUCUGCUGUGGGUAGCAGUAUUAGGCCUGAUCUUCAUCUACAUCUAUGCCCUGGUAGGAUUUGCUAUAUUUCGAGCCCACUUUGCCCCUGGCAACUACCUGUACUGCUCCACCCUGUGGGAGUGUACGGUCACUGUCAUACGUUACGGGCUCAUCGGGGACAUGUUUGAGGAGGUCAAAGAAAAUCCUGCGGGCAGUUCUUUCAGCAGCUUCUGGCCUCUGGUCAUCUACCAUGUGUCUUUCUUCAUCUGCAUCACCACAAUUGGUCUGAACAUCAUCUUUGGUAUCAUUGUGGAUACAUUUUCUGAGCUCAGGGAUCUCAAGUGGCGGGCAGAGUCUGACAUGAAGGAUACAUGUUUCAUCUGUAGCCGGAACAGCUAUGACUUUGAACAUCACGGAAAGGGUUUUGAACAUCAUGUGAAGAGAGAGCACAAUAUGUGGGCAUAUGUCUACUUCAUCCUUCACCUUGAUGAUGUGAAGGCUAGUGACUACACAGCUUUGGAGCUCUAUGUUGCCAAACUGGUUGAGAAAGAGAAUUAUGAGUUCAUACCUCUGAACCAAGCUCUUUGCCUUUCAUCUAUUGAUAUUGACUCCACGGAGUCCAAAAUUGAUGAGCUUCUUACCCAAGUGAACAACAUUGCCACAAAACAAAGAGAAGAGGAGGCUGAAAAGAAGCGCAAGGCUGAAAAGUUGAAACAGAAGCGAUGGCAGGAGAAGCACAGGGGCUUGGUUCUUGGCCUCAACGGAACAGGAGACUACGAUUCCGAACAUGAACCGCUUUUGUAUUCCCGUGAACCAAGUGUAGCUCGCUCACGUCAUGGAGGCUCUGAAGCCAGUCGAGACACUUUCCCUCCCAAGCGCAAACGUCCACCCAAGAUCAGCUCAGAAUAUACUACAAGCUUCAGCACCUCAAAAGAUGAGGAGAGUGGUGGAGGCGGAGUUGUCCGCUUAGCUCCUCCUUCUGCUCUUGACCGUCAGGUUGAGCGAGCAUCGGCGUUGGACAGGCUAAAAGCGGAGGAUGAUGAUGACGAUUUGGAGGGACCAGACGAUGACUCCGUCACGGACAGCGACUCUGGGAGCUAUCGCCGGCGAGGCUCCUACGACUUACUAGACAGUGACGUUCCCCCAACCAUUCCAACCUUACCCCCACCCCCCUCACCAUCACAGGACCCACCUCCAGACUCCUUCGCAGCAUUUCCCCCUCCUCCAUCCUUCCCUCCUCCUCCCGUCCCUCCUCCUCCCAUCGUUCUAUCUCCAGCAUCUGCACCAUCAUCUCCUCGUACCCCUGAUGAUGUACACUUCACCCUUGAGGAUGAGGAGGCAAAGGAUACUACAGAGAGUACGGAUGAUUCUACACCUAGUCCUUGAGCACAACUAUGCCAGAUAUGUUUAUUUUAGCAAAAUGUACAGCCUUGAACACAUGUUCUUUACCUUGGGAUGCAAGUGAGAUGAUGUUUUAGCUGAUGACCAUCUUCAUGAUUGCCUUUUGCCAAAGCAGUUUGUCAUGUGAAUUUGUUGGGUUCUUUAUGAAAGCCUUUGUCUUCACCAUUGAAGGAUUGGCAGAGCACGUACGUAUGAUGACCCAACAGCUGAAAGACUGAGAGUUUAAUAAAAACUUUUUAUUUGACAGGUGCUUCAAAACAAUGAGGCCUCUACCAAAUUAGCCUGAAUGCUUUAACUUUGUUUUAAUUGGGAAGUCUCACAUUCUUAUCAGUGAAUAACAGUCUUUUAGAAGUAAAAUAGAAACAUUAAACGGUUUCUGUCUCGGCAGAGGAUUGUUUGUGACAGAAAAAAAACAGUGAAUAAUAAAAGAUAGCUCAGCAAGUCUUGUGUUUUCUUAAUACCUCAAGUUUGUAGAUAAGCACAAUGCCUAGCACAAUUAACGAAGAGUUUUAGUGCAGUGCUAAAUAUAGAGGCAGAAGGCAUACUUCAAUUCUGGAGUCGUCAAUACAUCUGGCAGACUUCAACAUAGGGUUCUCACCAGCAUCUAUGGUGUAGUGAUUAGCCACUUCGCUGUCGCAUGAAGAAGACCUGAGUUUGAUAUUUGUGUGGGGAGAAUAUUUUAUCGAGUAUCUUGAUUUUUCUGAUAGGACAUUGUGUCCCUCUCAGCCUGGGAUUACACUGACUAACAGGGUUGAAGCCAAAUUCCUAAAAUGAUCUAAAUUAUGUAGCUUCUACAUUUUUAAAAACAGAAACAGGGUUCUCAGAGCUGAGGAUCUGAUCAGCCUGAGGAAAAAGUGUAGUCUAGUGAGCUUUGAAAUCACUAUGUCAUACUCUCACUGGUUAGAUUUUAUUUGUUUACGUAUAUUAUUUUGUUUUUAGCAGUAAAGAUAGGCCUUCUUCUUUUAAAAAUCUUGCCGAUGUGCUCAAAUGAAACUCUUGCCUCUAAAAUGAUUGUCGCUAUGUUCUAUGGGCAAAAGUCAUUUUGUAUUGCUAUUCCUUUAUACUGGUGUGCGGUGUCAUAUUUUCAAAGAAACUUGUCGAGAAGUCAGAUUAUCUUGGGUUUUACUCUGCUGAAACAUUGUGUAUGAUGAUGUCUAUUAUAUUGCGUAUAUCCGCAUAGUAUGAUAAGAAGUGUGGCACCAGCCUUGAAACUGAUUUUUUUUAAAUCCAGUAUUUUACUCUCAAAGUUGCAUACUCAGCUUCUGUAUCUUCCUACUUCAAAAAAA